AGUUUUUCCAUCAGUUGAGUUUUCUUCAGCUAACGUUAACGAACUUCCCUCUCAGUCUUCGAAGUUUGUAGCGAAAACCUUACUAUGUUGAUCUACGCUGUAUUUCUCGUCUUGGCCAUUGUGACCAGUGCCGAGGUGGCCGACGUGUCCGAGGUGGCCGACGUGUCCGAGGUGGCCGAUGUGUCUGACGCUGUUGCCAAUGAUGAUUCAGGUCGGCAAAAGUGUUGGGAGACCGGCUGGGUGAAAAUUAGCCCUCACACUGUCUGUUUCGAAGCGAAAGGCAACCGCUACGGAUCGUUUAACAACUAUGUCGGAGGAAGAAUGGUAACGGCCAUUAAAUUGGAGUACGUGUCGGGAAAGGUGCGCUGUAUCGGGGGAGUGAAGUACGACAGUCGGUGGGGAUGCUUUAAUUACGCCUACUUUAAAAAAUUUCCCCUCGAUGUCAUUGUGACGGACGAUAACAACAACGUUUUGUUUCCUAAGCAGCAAUAUAUCAAGCACAGAGCUGGUUUAUGGUAUUGGAUGCCGUUCGUUCACCCCUUGGAUUCCGACGAGUUGAUCUUUACAGAUUACCGCACACCAUUUUACUUCCCCUUACAUAAAGAAAUGAGGAUCUGGUACGGGGAAGAUCUGAAGAACUGGGGCGAAGGCAACAACGCAGGUCGUGUUUGCGUCAAUGUGUACGCUAGAUUCAAGUUAUAGAAUGUUUGUCAAUGUCAAUUUGCGAACUCAAUAAAACCAGUUAAUAAACCGAACAACACCUUCAGUAAGUUAGUAAUAUAGUUUAGGGAUUAUCAGGCUAUCUAUUAGUUUAAAAGAAAGUAC